UAUAAUGGUUAGACACAUUCCAACACUCGCUUUUUUACCUCCGAUUGAAUUUCUUGCAUCAUUCGAUAUGUCGAAAGAUAAAGUGCCAGGGGAGGCGGAUGGUCUUAUGAAAUGGUUUGAAGAGUAUUACAUACUAAAUCCAAAAGAGCAAAAUAGAGUACAACAUGAUAUUGAAUCAAUUUUGGGAGGUGCACCUCGACCUUAA